AUGAUUUCACGCGCCACUAAAAGAACAGGGAACUCAUUACCCACUGUUACCAGCAAACGACGAGCUCCGUAUGCUGCUCGUGCAUGUAUCGCUUGCCGACGACGGAAAGGCAAAUGCGACGGCCGGCAGCCAUGCGACUACUGCGAAAACCGGGGUCGGACAUGCCUCUACGAUGAAGAAACUGUUUCUCCAGGUAUAGAAACAGUUACAGCUACAGCGAGCGUUACUAGAGCUCCGGCACAACCAUCAGCGUUCCAAAGCGACGAGUCUAAUCGAAGCCUUUCGCCGCCGCUGACACCAGCCGCAGCCAAUGGUCCGCCGUCUCCAGCCAUUCUACCAAAUAGUUCAGAGGCACCAGAUGUACCUAGUAAUGGAUGCGGAAGCGGCAAUGACAGUGACCUUACAAGUCUUGUUGCAAGUCUUCGCACCGAGUUGCAACAAGUCAAGGCCAUGGUUGAAGCGCAAAGUAAUGGGACCCACAGCCUAGGUUCAGUUGCUUCACCCCACACAUUGCAUGCACCUGGUGACCACACAAGCUUGUCAAACAGACGGCCGCAUGCCACUCAAACAGAUACCGCUCCAAGCUAUGCUAGUCAUUACUUUUAUGGUCCUACAAGUCCAGACUACAGCAUGAACCUGGUACAAAUCACUUUGCGACAACUGGGUUAUCUCGCAUCAUCAUCGCACCAACCCAUGCUACCAAGUGUAAAUGGUAACGAUGCUGUAUUGCCGCCCAUACCACAUUGGCCGUCCAGGCGUCAUUUUGACCGCUAUCAGCUAUUGCAAUUCCGGUCAUGGUUAUCGCUACAGGAAGCCAAAGAUGCUGCAGAUACAUAUCACAGAGUCAUAGGAGAACUGCACCCAUUUGUCAACAUUGACAGAGUUAGAAGCCAACUGGAAUCAUGCUAUUCCAGUGAUACGAACCAAUCUUUGGGAGGAGAGAGCAACAAACCUGACGAUGAUGAUCUGAUCAUCUUGGUACUUAUGCUGGCUGUAGUAGUACAAGUCUCAAAAGGCACUUUACUUGCAACGAUGGCAUCCGUCCUUCAUUCUAACUUUAUGCCCUCGGCCAAUGCCGCAAUUACAUCUUCUACAACUAGUAUCAAACAAGUCACCAUCGCCUUACUACUGGGCUACUAUUAUUUCUCCCACGACCUCUCAAGGCUUGCACUAAGGUUAUGUGGCAUUGCUGGACGUAUGUUGAUGGAACUUGGCUUCCACAAUAGCGACAUGUUGAAUCACAUUCUCAAGACCGAUUCUCAACGUAGAGAGGCUUCUGCUAUCAUGUGCUCCGUAAUUAUACUCGAUCGUCAAUGGAGCGCUAUGACUGGCUUGCCUGCAAACUUCCCCAACGCCGCGUUCAGUCUCACGCCUACAUUCAUAGACGAUAUGCCAUAUGCAAAGGCUAUAUACAUGCUCAUUCACAUCAGCGACAGAUUUGACGAACCUAUAUCCAUCGCGGCCAGGGGAAAUACUCGUAUCGAUGAUGAUGUGAUGGAACUAUUGGUUUUCCAGAUUCAACAGUGGCAGAAAAAGUGCGUCGGGGACAAAGACCUUUCUGACAUGGAGGUUUGGUUUGAUGAACCAUCAAACUUACCUCCGUCAUGGCUGUUUUUGCUGAUCUACCGAGCUGCGUCGAUAAAGAGCCUUCUGCUACGUCCUUAUUUCUUUCCAACGUCGGAUAUCGAGAAGAGCAAACUAUACCUUCCACAGGCCAUGGAAUUAGCAGUCAGGGUCACAGGGUCACUAUUCAAACUGGACAAUGUCACGGACAUGUACCGUAACCAGCGACCGUACUACCAGCACAUCCUCGCGUCCAUUUGUGCUCUGAUGUUUCUAGUGGUGGGCUACAUUGAGAAGCAUCGCUCAACCAUGUUACCGUAUUUGACCCCAGGAUAUGACGACCAAAUCCGUGAAUGCUUUGUACGAGCACGCAAUCUAUCACAGAAGUACGGAGAUGUGUCCACGGCCGCAAAAGAUUUAGGGAAAAGGAUUCGAGAACUUUGCCACGCUAUGGAAACGUAUGGUAAAGCACAGAGAGAAGCCUCUGAGGAAGCAAUUCCGUCUACAACCGUUGCAUUCCUAAGCAACACCACAUUUACAGGUCCCUCUGCGACAUCACAAGACAUUGGGCUUAACAAUGAGCCUCGAGAAGAGGCCUUUGUCCCUAUGACAGAUCGCACGUUCGAGGCCGAAAUGAACUCCUUCGGCGCGAACUUCGGCUUCGAGUUGCCGAUGGAAGGUGAUCAUGGCCCGCAAGAUACCCCGCCAUGGGUAUUACGAGGGUGGCCUGCUAAUUCACACAGUUUUCUUUUUCAAUAA